ACUAGAUACGAAGAAAAGGUCAGCAGACACUUGAUCUACUGAUGUCUGCCUGACGGCAUUGGACUCUAUAUAUACCCCGGGCUGUGCUUUGAACUCUACCCGUCUUAAGGCCGCCCACCGCGUCCACGGAACACCUACCAAGCAACCAACCAAGCAUUCGCAUGCGGAAAUACCAAAUACCCUCCAUCUUCGAGAAGAGGCACACCUCGGACUUUACCCCGCGAGUACCCCAUCCAUCUGACUCGAGGGAAACCUCCCCCGCUGACUUCAUGCUCGCUCUUCUGCUCCGGUCGGGCCGGAUUGACAUCAACCCGCAGCAGCAUGACAUCAGGGCACAGCCAAAUGCUUGGUCUGCUUACCCCCCUCAUUUCACUCGAUCACCGUUACACUGGAGAUAAAGAAAUCAGAGAAGAGUAUCCG